UUAAUCUUUUUUUAUUUCUUUGCAGUAGUAGAAAAUGAGAUUCAGGCAAGAAUAGACAAAGUAUUCAGCAACUUGGAACGUUUGGAAAUCCUGUCCAGCAAAGAACCUCCCAAUAAACGACAGAAUGCUAAACUCCGAGUCGACCAGCUGAAGUACGACGUUCAGCACCUGCAGACAGCGCUGAGGAACUUCCAGCAUCGUCGUUACAUCCGGGAGCAGCAAGAACGGCAGCGGGAGGAGCUGCUGGCACGAACAUUCACCACUAAUGACUCUGACACCACCAUACCGAUCGACGAAACAUUACAGUUUAAUGAAUCCCUGCAGAAUGCCCAUCGUGGCAUGGAUGAUCUUAUUGGCAGUGGGACCAACAUUCUUCAGGGGCUGAGGGACCAGAGAGUGACAUUAAAGGGAACUCAAAAGAAGAUCCUGGAUGUUGCCAACACGUUGGGCUUAUCCAAUACAGUGAUGCGGCUGAUUGAGAAGCGAGCCUUUCAAGAUAAAUACUUGAUGAUUGGGGGAAUGAUUGUGACUUGUGUAAUCAUGUUUCUGGUCGUGCAGUAUCUGACAUGAGCCACUCAACUGUUGCCAGAGGAUGUUGUCUUUUGGAGCAAGAUGGACUGCCCUCCAAAAUGUACUUUCCUCUGAGCGCUGCUUUGGAUGAGCCCUUCCUGAGAGCUGCAGAGUUUACAAAUCACACUCAGACACAUGGAAAGUGUGUAGGGGAUCAAAUUUAUCUGGGGACAGCGUAGAUCAGAAUGGCCCUGUGAAAAUGUCUGUGUCCAUUACCACUUUCGCCUUAUUGUCUUUAAGUUUAAAAAUUGAUUAAGUAGGAAGCAGAAGUGAAAAUUUUGUCCAGGCGUUUUGCAAGGUAGGAAUGUUUUUUUCUUUUGUUGUCGUUUUUUUUUUUUGGUUAGACAGGGAGAAGAGGAUGCAAAGGCAGACAUGAGAGGACGUGAGCCUUUCCUUUGCAAGCUGGAAUUGACCCUGGUGAGCGUGUUAUCUGUUAAAGGAAUUCUCUCACUAAAGACACUUCUGCAUUAUUUGUGGGUGCACUCCUGCAGUCUAAGAGUGCAAAAAGUGGUGGAAAGUGAAGGAUUCCCAUCUUUCUUUUGCUUAGAGGGAGGAAGGACUUGUAAGGAGAGGUUCUGGCUCUGGAAGAUGGUAAUAACUUCCGCUGACAUUUUUUGUAUACCCGUACAACUCCAACCAGUGCAAACUUCUUGGUUUAGGCUGAAAUGAAGUUCGCUUUGGUAGCUUUGCUCUGCUGCUUCCUCGUUGAAGCUGAAUGCUGUGCUCAUCCUGCUUCCUGACAGCUGCAGAUCACUGAGUCACCUCAGUGUGCCCAGUACCAAAUCCAACCUCCAAAACUGCAACACGUGACGUUUUUGAUGCUAAUGGACAUCUUGUUUUGAGUUUGUUACCCGAGAUGUUUAAGGUUGUGUGAUCUGUAGCCAGUAUUUUUGGAUUUGGUGAAGCAGGUAAGUUUUUGCUGCGUUCAAAUUGAGAUCUGUCAUUUUUGUGUUCACACAGCCAGAAUGGGCUCUCUGCUGUUUUCAUUUGUUUGUUUUUAAUUCAGAGUAGCAGUGGGAUCAGGGCAACAAACCUCUCAUUUAAAACCAAAUGUCAUCAGAAGAGUUUCCUGAACCGACUUGUCCUUGGAUGGUAAACAUUUCGUCUGCCUCCCUGGGAAGGGUGGUCUUUGCAUCAUUCUUUGUACCUGCAGACUUACUGUGAAGGACAUUUUCACAAAAUAUCAUCUCUGUGAUGAUGCAACUUAGAUUUUGUAUUCCUUGGCUGAAUAGACAUUUAUCCACAUUUAAACAUGGACAGGUAGGAAAUGCCUCGUAGUUUAAUUACGGUACUCAGUGCCCUGCAGACUGUUGGAAUGAUUAACCUGGGAUCUCGCUCAGCCUUCCAUUUCAGACAGUCUCCAGAUACGUUCUUAUUUUGAAUACAAGUCAGGAGCAUUUCCAGAUGUUUGACAGAGGCUCAGAAGUUUCACGUCUGGAUGGUGUGGCAUUCUGCUGGGAAUUCCUCCAUCGUUUCUGUCUGGAAGGGUUGUAGGUCUUUUAAUUAAUAACACUUCACAGUGUUGUAUUUGUUCCAAUAAGCUUUGCUUUCAUAAUUAUGUAGCUUGUUGUAAACCAGAUUUUUUUAACAGUUAUUAAUACAAUUUCUUCAAAUUCUGCUAGUAAGGCCAAGUGAAGCAGGCUUCAGCAGUGCUUGUUUACCAUUGCUUAAGUAUAGACUGAUCUGUGAGCUGUGACGUGUCUUUAAAGUCCAGAAGAGACUGUCCAAUUUGAUCAGCCAUCUCCAACCAAUCAGCUUCAUAUUUGGACUCCAGGAAACACAACAUGUCAGUGCAGACCCAACAGUGGAGGAGGCCGAGGUGCCAUCAGUGCCUAGACAAUCUCAUCAGAUGGUUCAGCAGAAGGAAGCAGACAAGCUUAGAAGCUUGUUGGUCAUCCUGUGUGCUCACACCUUCUGGCUGGCUGUUCUGUGGAUGGUUUUGCAGUGCUUCAUGCUCUUUGUCUUCUCAGUCUGCUGCACUUCCUCAAGAAAACACACCAGCAGGCAGUAUGCAGGAUCAGUUUAUGUGUAAGCCAGGACUAAGGAAUUUAAAGAGGAUGUCUGCAGUGAGAGACCAUCUGUCUUAGUGUACUUUAUAAAUUACCCUAAGUUUAUUUGAAUCUGAAAUUUGUUACUGUAACACACUCAUUAGAUCAUUUUCUCUUACACCAGUUCGGCACCCUGUAAAGAGAUUGCUUGCCAAUCUUUUGUUCCUGAUAAACAGGUCCGUUUCCACCUCUAUUUUACAACUGUGCAGUGCAGUGUCUGUACAGCUGUGCCUCGCUGCAGCAGGAUUUGUCUCGUACCAAGCCGAGGACUCUAGUCAAUUUGGUUUCUUUUUCAGAUGGAUCGGGAUUUUAUUUUUUCUGUUUUGAGAUUAACAUUUUGAUACUUGCCUCUUCGUUUAUUUUUCCUCUCUUAGAGUCUCCUCAUGUAGGCUGACCUCGCUGCUGCAUGUGGUGUCUUUGCUAUUCACUGUUGAGAUGUAGAGCUUGAAGAAAUCACUUCAGUAAAUGGGUUUGAUGAUGUGUAACGUCAAGCAAAUUUGUACUCGAUGUUAAGUACAAAAUGGCUUACAGGAGAUCUCUGCCAUCUCAGACGGUUCGUGUAAACCUUUCAAAACUGCUGUCAUUACAUUGUGCCACAGCAACAGCAAGGGUAGGAUCGACAUUUCUGCUGCUGUGAAAUGACAGAACUGAAACUGCUGGCAUUACCAGUGGUGCUGUGACAGGUGUGAAGUUUCCUUUCCUACUGAAGACAUUUCUUUUGCUUCUGAACCUCUGUGCAACAGAAGGUGUCCAGCAGUUGAAUGGACUGCUCUCUGCUGAGAGGACAUUGUGGGAACUAACUUGGAAAAAUACUCCUUUGGAUCAGUAUUUUAUAUGUAAUGGGACGAGGGUGAGACCUUCAAAUUAAGGAUAGUACAGGAGGAGCUUGGAGGGCAAAAUGUGUCUGUUGAUAGAGUGUAUUUAUAACGAGAGAUCAAACUGAUUAAGGAUUAAAUCACUUUUUUCUUGCAA